AUGUCUUGGCUCGUGCAUGUGGCAUGUGCAAUCGCCGCGCUCAUGGUCGCACUCGGCAAUGUCAGCGUAUUGGCAGCCGACGCGCCUACUGGCGAACCACUGUACCUUUGCGGCAUUCCGUAUCCUUAUGAUGCAGCACUCAAGGGCAACCCGACGUCGACAGUGGAGAACACACAGUUCAUCUUUCGUGGCUCACAGUUCUGGCAGUACCGCGGCGACCUGCGGCGGAUUACCUUGUCGAUGCCGCAAAGCAUUAGCUCCGGCUUCCCAGGCGUUCCCAACGAUCUUGACGCUGCUGGCACCCAGUACUGGCGCUACUCGAGCAGUGUUGGCGUCGAUGCUGGUUACCCCAAGACCAUCGACUUUGGCUUCAACUCGGAGCUGCCCAACUACAUCGACGCCAUCGAGCGCUGGUCGGGCGACCUGAUCUAUGUGUACAAAGGCUCGCUCAUGUACGAGUUCCACGAGGUGACCGGUCUCACCUCAGGUUAUCCACUUGCUCACAACUACGGCUUUGUGCCCGAUGCCAUCCUGUCCUCGCCCUUCUCCACCGCCCUCACCACUUCGUACUUUUUCGACGCCGCCAACAGCCAUCUCUACCAGAGCACCGGCUUCACGGUCUCCUCGCCCUUCCCCACAUGCUCGUCAUGUGACGGUGCAGUGGUGGUCUCGUCCGGCGUGGCCGGCACCGUCGCCCCCUUUGUCAACAAUGCUUACACCAAUCUACAGAGUUGCUCGUGGACGUUCAACUUUGCUGCCGCUGGCCUCAUAGUCCUCGACUUUACCUCGUUCAACACCGAGGCUGGCUACGACUUUGUAUGGAUCUAUGACGCUGUCGAUGACUACGGGCCGCUCCUGAGACAGCAUGCUGGCACCACCAUCCCAACAGGGUCGCCCUAUCUCACAUCGUCCUCCGCUGCCCACGUCAAGUUUGUCACAGAUGGCCGCACCAUCGGCCAGGGCUUCUCCUUCAACUGGUACUACUACAUCCGCUGCCCGACGCUUGCCUCCUUCUCUAACGGUGUCUGGUCGCCAUCAGCCUCUGGCUACCGCCUCGACACCAGUACUGCUGUGUGCAACCCCGGCUUUACCCUCACCGGCGGUUCGUCGUCGCGGACAUGCCUCAGCUCCGGCACAUGGUCCAACUCUCCUGGCCAGGUCUGCACCCCGAAUCCGUGUUCGCCAAGCCUGGUCGCGCCGACCAACGGCAUCGUCUCAUCUACGAUCGGCAGCACUGGCGACACGUCGACCUUUUCUUGCAACGCAGGCUACACGCUCGUCGGAUCGCCGUCGCGGACGUGCCUCACCGACGGCACCUGGUCCAACUCGAACGAUCAAGUGUGCAACCCGAACCCGUGCUCGCCGCCACAGUCCUCACCCGCCAACGGAGCCGUCUCCUCAGCGACGGGCAACACCGGCGACAUGAUCACGUUCUCGUGCAACUCGGGCUUUACCCUCUCGGGCUCGUCCACACGGACGUGCCAGUCGACUGGCGCGUGGUCAAACCUCAACGACCAGGUGUGCGCGGCCGGCGCGUGCUCGCCUGAUCUGACGCAUCCCACCAACGGCGCAGUCUCGUGCACCACAGGCAGCACCGACGACACUUGCACGUACUCGUGCAACCAGGGCUAUACACUCUCAGGCUCGCCGUCGCGGACGUGCCAGGCGAACCAGGCGUGGACUGGAUCGGACCCGUCGUGUGUACCGGCGGCGUGCUCGCCGACGCUCUCGCCGCCGUCGCGAGGGUCUGUGUCAUCGACGACGGGCGUGACCGGACAGACGUCAACGUUUUCCUGUGAGGCCGGGUUCUCGCUGACGGGCGACGCAAGCCGGACGUGCCAGACGAGCGGAAGCUGGUCUGGCCUCGCCAACCAGGUGUGCAAUCCGCUGCCGUGCCCGACGCUGACGGUGCCGACCAACGGCGGAGUCUCGAUCACGACGGGUGGCAAGGUCGAGGACGUGGCGACGUACUCGUGCAACUCGGGAUACUCGCUGUCGGGGGUGGUGUCGCGGACGUGUCAGGUGAACCAGGUGUGGAGCUCGACAGCGCCGACAUGCCAACCGCUGCCGUGCCCGGUGCUUGCGCCGAUUGCCAACGGCUAUGCGACGCCCGGAUACACCGGGAGCACGAGUGAUGUGGUGACGUUUGGCUGCAACUCGGGCUAUUCGCUGAGCGGGACGGCGUCGCGGACGUGCUCGGUGAGCCAGGCGUGGACCGGGACGAACGACCAGUCGUGCGAUGCGAUUCCGGACUUUUGUCCGAGCCAGGCGGCACCGGUGGACGGGACGCUUGACUCGCUGGUGCGGACGGUGGGUGGAAGUGCGGCGUUCUCGUGCAACGGUGGGUUCACGCUUGUGGGCUCAACUAGCCGGACGUGCCAGAGCGAUGGGAGCUGGUCGGGCUCGAUGCCGAUUUGCACACAGUGCUCGGGCAACUGCGCGACGUGCGAGGCGGGGCAGCCGACCAACUGCAACACGUGUGUGGGCGGGUACACAAUCGGCGAUGAGUGUGUGUCCAAGGUCGAUCCGUGGUGUCCCGCGCUGUCUGCGCCAGUCAACGGGGCGCUGUCUGGUGCACCGUGCGACCGCAAGGUGGACGACGUGUGCGGGAGCGCAUCGUGUAACGACGGGUACUUUCUGGUCGGGCCAGCGUCGCGGACGUGCCAGUCGUCGCAGGCAUGGAGCGAUCUGUCGUGGUCGUGCGCGAGCUGUGCACCGGCAUGUGCCACGUGUUCCGGCGACGCAGCAAACUGCGUGACGUGCGCACCUGGGCUGCUUGGCCCGCCGGCAUGUGUGACGCCAGUGACGUGUCCUGCGGUGAGCGCGCCUGCAAAUGGGGCGAUCUCAACGGCCGCCAAUGUGUCAGGCACGGUUGUGUCGUUCUCGUGCUCGCCCGGAUUCACGCUCAGCGGGAUGUCGUCGAUCACGUGCUUCAACAACGGGAGCUGGUCGGCGCCGCUCGACCAGGCGUGUGUUGGCGGAAGCUGCACACCGGCACUGAGCGCACCGGCGUUUGGCACGGUGAGCGGGACGAUUGGAUCGACAGGCGAGUCGCAGAGCUACGCCUGCAAUGUGGGGUACAGUCUGUCGGGCUCGAGCACGCGGACGUGUCAGGCCGACGGAAGCUGGACCGGAUCGGAUCCGGUGUGCAAUGCGCUGUCGUGCACGCCCGGCCUUGUGGCGCCGAACCACGGCGCGGUCUCACUGACGACCGGGGUGACGGGAGAUGUGGCGAGCUACAGCUGCAAUGCCGGGUUCACGCGAGUCGGGCCGGCAACGACGGCGUGUCUGAGCAACUCGACAUGGUCAGCGGCGGCGCCGGUGUGCGUUGGCAACGCGUGUCUGCUAGUGCUGAGUGCACCGGUCAACGGCAACGUGUCACGGACGACAGGGACGACGGGCGAUGUGGCGACGUUCUCGUGCAUAUCCGGGUUUGUGCUUGUGGGCUCGGCACAGCGUGUGUGCCAGACGGACGGGACGUGGUCGGGCGUGGGAUCGCAGACGUGCUCGCGUCUCGACUGUACAUCGUUGUCGUCGACACAGACGCCUCCGCAGAACGGGCGACUGACGUGCAACGGGGCGGCGUUCUUGUCCGAGUGUACGAUCUCGUGCAACAGCGGCUACACACCGUACGGGACGACGGUGCGGACGUGUCAGGCGGACCGAAGCUGGAGCGGCGACACGGACGUGCUGUGCUCGGACGCCGACGCAGCAGCAUCGCUUGUGUCGUACACGGCGCCUGUGCGUGUUGCAGCAGGCAGCUCAUGGAUGUUUACGGUGCAAGCGAUGCGGGAUGCGACGAGUGUGGCGACGGCACUGGACAACCGUGUGGAUGUUGUGCGUGUGGAAGGCACGGCGAUCUACUCGCCGGUGCUCGAGUCGAGCACGGCGGUGGGCAAUGGGACGUACGCCGUGAGCGUACAGGUGCCGACUGUGACGGGCGUGUAUGGACACGAGGUGCGACUGAACGGUGCGGCGAUUUCGAGCGAGGUGGCUGUGGAGGUGAUUCCCGGCCCAACGCGCGGAUCGAUGUCGCUGGCGAGCGGGCCCGGACUGCUCACGGCUGAGCUCGAUGUCGCGACGACGUUUGUGGUGACUGCGCGCGACCAGUUUGGCAACGUGGCGCAGUCGACCAACGACGACGUGACGGCGCUGAGCAAGGCCGGCGACGAUGUGCGUGCUGUGAGCCUGGUGUCAAGCGGGCGUGGGAGGUACGACGCGACGUUUGCGCCGUGGAAGGGCGGGGUGUACACAAUCUCUGUGUCUGUUGCAGGCGAGGCACUGCCCGAGUCGCCAUGGGUCAUUUUUGUGGCGUCCAAGUGUCCCGCGGGCCAGUACGCGGUGGAAGAGACCGGGCCGUGUGAGAUCUGUCCGGUCAACUCGUACACCGAGUCUGUGAACGAAGCCGAGUGCAGCGGCUGUCCGCGGUUUUCGGAGACACAUGGCGCGGUUGGGGUGAGCUCUGUGCUCAAUUGCACGUGCCAGGCGGGAUACUAUGCGCUGUCGCGCGGGGUGUCAUGCCUGCCGUGUCCGGGAGGCGGGGUGUGCGACGGCGGAGUGUCGCUCCCGCGAUCGCGGCCUGGGUUCUUCCCGUCGCAAGAUCCGACGGUGUUCCUGCGGUGUGACGAAGAUGCCAACGCAUGCCUCGGCGAUGGCAAGUGCCGGGCGGGAUACACGGGACGGAUGUGUGCCGACUGCGAAAGGGGCUUUUACAAGAUCUCUGCGCGGUGCUACAAGUGCCGACCGACGACGACGUACAUUCUGGUGACGAUGUUUUUUGUGGCGCUGUUUGUCUUUUGCUGUCUGCUGGUGUGGCUCAACACGCGCAACAACAAGUUCUACGGCCUGGCUGCGUUCAUGAUUGGGUUCAACACGCUCCAGAUUCUGGCGGUGUAUGGUGAUCUCGAGCUCGGAUGGCCGGUGUGGGCACAGCACUUUUUCAAUGCGCUCACGUUUGUCAACCUCAACAUGGACCUGACGUCGCCCGAGUGCACGGUGAGUGUGGGCAACAUCUGGCUGCUCAAGUGGGGACUGACGAUGGCGCUUCCGAUUCUUGUUGUAGUGCCGUUCUUCAUCAUCUAUUUGUGGUCGCUGGUGUACAUCUGGUUUGUGGAGAAGUUUGGCGACCAGAUCCGCGCGGCCAAGCCGGCGUGGUGCGACCCGACGAUGUUUGCGAGUGACCAGUCGUGCUCGAUGCGGUUCCAGCGGCGGCUGGGACGACUGCUGACCGAGUCUGUGACCAAGAGUAGCGGGAUGCGUGCAGCGUGCGGGCGGGCGUACUGGCAGCUGCUCAUUUUCUGCUACAUGCCGCUCUGCCACAUGACGCUCCGGUAUCUCGACUGCCACAAGACGGCGGACGGGGUGUGGGUGAUGACGGACAAUCCGUCGUCAAACUGCUACAACUCGGCAUAUUGGUCUCUGAUCUGGCUUGUCGGGCUGUUCAUUGCGCUGUACUGCCUGGGCAUUCCAGCAGGAGUGACGUGGCUCCUCCGGCGAAAGAAGGGGGGACUCGAGGAGUUCCAGUUUAUGAUCAAGUACGGGUUCCUUGUGGCGCGGUUCUCGUCGCGGUACUACCUGUUUGAGCCACUGGGGAUCCAGAUGCGCAAGUUCCUUGUUGUGCUUGCGACAGUGACGUUCCGGGCGCCGCUUGUCAAGGCGUCGAUGGCGGCGCUUGUGCUGAUUUUCUCGUUGACGCAUGUGGCGUAUGCGCGUCCAUACCUGGAGGAGUGGCACAACAAGCUCGCGGUAGGAUGUCUGCUUGCGGGGCUGCUUGUCCUUCUCGGCGGGACGGUGACGUACAACGCGCACCUUCGUGACACGCUGAUUCUGGGCGGGCUGGGGGUGGAGAUUGUGCUGAUUCUUGGCGGUGUGGUGUACGACCUCGUUGUGACGAGCCGGCGCGACAAAGAAGAGAUGGAGAAGUACGACGAUGACUUUGAGGACGGGCUGUUCAUUGACGGCGAGUCGGAUCUGUCGAUGUGCAACUUUGAGCGCUCGUCUGUGACACUUGAGCAGCGCGGGAGUGCUUCAUCGACGGUGCACUCGCUGGCGGGCUCGCCAAGCAACGAUGUGGUAUGGAGAGCCUGA